CGGGUGUUAGGAAAAGCACUCGAUGCCCCAAAUCUCACCAGCCAAUGAAGUGCAUGACACUGGUAUAAUAUUGGCAUCUUCUGGGUAACAAGCAAGGGUCCUGCUCUGAUUUUGAACAGCCUAGGAGGGGUAUCGCUCUACUGAGAAGGCAGUCAGUCAGACAGAGAAAUGGUAGGUCGGACGACGAGGUCCAACAGCAGUCCGACGGGUCAUGGUGGCGGCCACAGGAGAAACAACAACAGCAGCAAUGGUGACGACGGAGGAGACGACAAUUUCAAAUAUGAAUCUCUCAUAGGGGGAAGCAGUGGGUCGCCUGGGGAAGGAGAUGGGCAACAGAAUGGGUCGUCAAAUGCAGCGGAAGCGCUCUCCAAUCGAUUGAUCACUUUUCGAGACUGGUUGGUGGAUGACGCUGGUGCAACUGUCCAUCCAUCAAUUUGCAUUGUCAACGGGGAAGCAACCGAUGGAACUAAGAACGCCCCAGUUCUGGCAUUUGGACCUCCUCCAGGGAGCCAGAACUCUCUCAACAAAAAAUCUAAUCCUGCCAAUGGCCGCACUGGGCUUGUGGACAGUGAGCUCGAUAGAGCACUCUAUGACCGCACCAUGGGAUGUUGUGUAAGGACGACCAAAGAAAUUAAAAAAGAUGAAGUCAUCAUUACCAUGCCACGAUCCGCUAUGGUGACUCCCGACUUGGUAGCAGCAAGUGACGCUGGAAAGGCAGUCCUUGCCUGCUGUCAACGUCCUUCAGGGAAAGCUUCUACCCAUGGGUUUUGGGAUGCCUUUGAAAAUACUACAAUAUGCGAACAGAAAUACACCCAGAAAGCCCUACGAAACGCUGGACCUGCACUGCUUGUUAAGAUUCUUAAUGAAAGAAAAAGGGCAGUCAAUGCUUACUCAAAAGCAAAGGAGGUCACUGAUGCGAACUCAACCUACAAACUGGCUGCCUUUGGGUCAGUGUCCACUCGCGCACCAGUGUUGGCAUUUCUCAUUCACCAGCGGUUCUCCAAUCAUCUGUCGCCACCAGUAGCAUCGGAAUCGGACACUAUCAAAAAGGAGCUAGGGAAAGCAAAAAGCAGUAGCGAUGGCAAUGCCUUGUCCAGUGCAAAGGACGUUAUUGCGCCACCCAAUGCUCCCGCUACGUUUGCCCCCUAUGUUCGGACACUCCCGUCGGCUCUCUCGCUGCCGCUUUCUUGGAAGCGAAAUGAGCUCGCCUUUCUUUCCGGGUGCAUUGCGGGGACAGCCCCAUUGCUAGAAGUGACUGCCAGAACUUGUCAAUUAGCAGCCGAGUUUGUGGCGCUACUAGAGUCCGGGAUACUACACAGGUUCCCAGCAACAUUUCCUCAUGGACUCGUCACCUGGGAAAGAUGGGUGUGGGCCGCUUCUUGCGUGCAAUCUCGCAUGCUACCCGCAACAUGCUAUUUAAACAAAGGAGACCAGAGUGCAUCCUUCCAUAGGCCGACAAACAAAAAGGAGUUCCAAUCACCACCGGCGAUCUGGGACGAGCUGGGAGUCAUGAUACCGCUUCUAGAUAUGCUCAAUCACGAGUCAGAGGCACAUCAGGUUACCUGGGAGCCUUGUGUUCCUUCCACUAAGGGCAUGAACGGCUCAAACGAUAUGGACAUUGACAACGAUGCCCACCCGCCGCAGGCUGUGCUUCAUUCUCGUGUGAGAAAGGGGUCCCAGGUUUACUGUGCCUAUGGCGCCCUCAGCAACGACAAACUACUAAUUCAAUAUGGCUUUGCGCAGCUAGGCAAUCCUCUUGACAGGGUUCGCCUUGGCUGGGGCUUGGCAGAUGCCGUCGGAAACAUUGCUCAACCGGCAGAUUACGAAUCUCCGUUCGAGAACGACGCCAAAGCAGCACAACUUCCUUAUGGCGUGUAUGAUACCGCGGACCAGGGCGCUAUCAAAGCAUGGUGGACCGAGGACCGCCUAGCUUUGUUGGAACGGGAGGCUUUUAAGCAAGCCGCGGAAUCAUUCUCGUCGCUAAGAAACGGCAAAAAGAUGAUGGCUAGUGCUUACUGUGACGGGCGUUUUCACCCAAUCCUACUGACAGUUGCAACAGUUGCAACAAUGCCACCUUCCGAUGUUGAAAAGAAUGUGAAAGGAAAGCAUUCAAUUGAAUUGAGCAAGACCCAUCAAAGGAUAUUGCGAAACUACCUCAUUUACACUUUUGCUCGCAAGUUGGAAAAACUUCUUGGCAAGGUUCAAGAAGGGCUAAAGGCCCAUUUUGCCAAGUUGAACUUGUGGACGAAAGUUACGCAAGGUGGGCUACGUUAUAACUUAGAUGAAACGGGCAGCGCUGAUUCCGAAUACACUGGUUGGCAAACGUUCUUUGACCAGCAUGCUUACGCAACAACACUGGAAGCAGAGAGCCGAUACUACGCCUUGGGUGCGGAUACAUGUGCCCUGGCAUUGUUUGACGGCCAGUUGCGUUCUCUGCAAUCGUCACUUGACGCCCUUGAGACGGAAGAAAAGGUUGCAUCGAGCGCAUUGCAACAACUGAAAGAGCUAGACUUCAAAAUGUCGACGAAAGAAGACAUCAAUCCUGAUGCAGCGGGCAAAGUUAAGCCCAAAGUGGAAGAGACGAAGUCCACUUCAAAUGGCGCACAAGUUAAAAAAGAGCCUGCUCCCACGCCUAUGAAAAAUGAAGAAGUAAAAUUGAAAACAAAAGGAAAGAACGAAGAGGAAGAAGAAAAGCCAGCCGCCGACAAACCAAUCGUCAAAGCUGAAGAGGAUCCGCCAAAGGACAACCCGAGUGCCGACGGCGACGGCAAGGAGGAGAAGGAUUCUCGAGAGAAAGAAAAAGAUGCCAAGCCAAAGGCGGGAAAUGAUGACGGACAAAAGAAGAAAGAAGAGCCAAAGAAGUCCUCGCCAUCGAAAAGUAGCCGACGACGAAACAAAAGGAAGAAUGCAGCCGCCGCCAGCACCACCCCCACCAACAACAACCAAAUGGACCGUCCUCCAGCAAUAAAGCUGCAUAUUGGGAACUUGGCCUACUCAACAACUCCAUCAACACUAUUCGAUUUCUUCGCUGCAAUGUGCGGCCGCGAGAGUGUCUUGGAAUGCCAUAUCCCCACAGAGCGCGACACAGGCCGGUCGCGAGGCUUUGGGUUUGUUACGCUACCGGAACCGAUUGCACGAAACAUCUUAAAGUCGGGCAAAAAGUAUGAGGUUGACGGAAGGCCUCUGAAGAUCGCAGAGAGCAACUCCGCCGGUUCAGGCAAGACCGCGCGACUUCCCUUGCCACCUCCCAUGGCUUCGGGAGAACGGUGCGGCACUUGUGGCUAUCGACCGAAAUACUGCGUUUGCCGCAUACCCAACAUUCCUGGCUUCGGCGGAGGGCCACCCCCUCCUCCUCCACCACCCCCACCCCCUCACAUGCAUCCGCCCCACGGCCCGCCGAUGGAUAUGGUCGAGUAUGGACGUGAUUACGACUAUUAUGGAGGCCGCCGAUUUAGAGAUGAACGCUUCGGCCACAACAAUUCGCCUUACGAUCGACCAAGACCAGGAGAUCGUGAAAGGCCACCGUACGGUAGGGAGCCUGAUCGCGAUCCGUGGGGCCACCGACACGGCAGGAGCCGUUCGCGUAGCCAUGACAGGGGCGAGGAUCGCAUGCGCGAGAGGAGUAGACGCGACGGAGGAAAAGGGCGGGAUAGGUCGCGAUCUAGAUCGAGAAGCCGGUCACCUCGUGGCCGCAGGGGCCGAGAUCGCGACUCUGACAGACGUUGGGGACACCGCCGUAGCAGCAGUCGUAGCCGUAGCUACAGCAGCAGCCGAAGCCGCAGUCGAAGCCCACACGGCAAUCGCGACCACGAAUCCUUGGGUUCGAACCGCAAAGACAAGAAGCCAGACGGCGCCAGCGGUAACAAUGAUGAAAGGGGUGGUGCGAAUGCAUCAUCAUCUGGAAACAACAAACCGCGUGAGAACCGAAAGCGGGGACACACUGGUAGUCGAGGUGGUGGUCGGAAAAAGAAAAAGAGCAAGCGACGAUCCGCACGCAGUCGAAGCCGGAGCAGGAGCCGGUCUCCUAGUCCAAGGGGAUAGACGAAAUUCAUUGCUGUCAUUUGUGUACUAGUAGUUUAGAUAAUCCUCUACCUUGCGCAAAGUUUUUGUGUUGGGGAAGCUAAUAAUUUUUACUUAUUAUUC